CAAGAUGCGUAAGGAGGUCAUCCGAAGCUGCUGUGCCGUGGCCUUCAUUUUGGUGGCUCUCAUGCCCUUGACUGGAGCGUGGCGCUCUUUCAAGGUCAUCCUCACGAGCAUUGACUUUGAGGCCAACGACAAGUUCCUGGACCUUAAGGUCGAUCUGCAAAACGAUUCGGGCGAGUCAAAUCUGAGCAUCGAUAUAAAGACGCACCAGGACAUAGAGGACGUUCAGCUGGUGGUAGACUUUGGUUUGGAGACGGACAAGGGCAACUACUCUACCCUGAUAAACCGUACGCUCAACUUCUGCAAGCUGAUGAAGCAGCGCAACUCGGAUCCGCUGGUGCGCGCGAUCUACGAGGACCUUCUCAAGCACGGCACCCUCUUCAAGGAGUGCCCAAUCCGGAGCGGCACCUACAGCCUAACCAACUACAAUGUGGACGAGGAGAUGCUGCCCAGCUUCCUGCCGGAGGCUAAGUUCCGCUUCGGCAUGAAAAUUUCGACGGACAAGGGCGGCAUGAUCGUACGGUCGACCAUCUUCGGCCGCAUCGACAAGUCCAAAGGCUUCGACAACCUGAAGCGGUUCAGUCUCGGCUAAGAUACAUAUACCUCGCAUGUUCCUCAUGGUAUCUCCUGCCCGCAGGAGAUCCAAUAAAGUUUUGAUGCGCGUCC